AUGAAACGCGCCUACUUCAAGCCUUAUCAUGAUAGCCUCCGCAAUGUGGACAAAGUCGCAUGUGAGCCAGUCGACACGGAGAACGUUUGUCCUCUCGAGGUGACUGAGUCCGGCGAGCAGGUUGCUGCAGAGUUGAAAAAGAACAAUAGUCGGCCUUUUGGUCAGGAAUCCAGCGGGGACCCCAAGAAACGUUCCUCCUUGACUAAACGUAAAUCUACUGUGGGUAUUGACAGCACGCGAAAACGCAGUCUCGCGGCCCGGAACGAGAACGGUAUGUUUGCUUUCACCUGGUUUUUUAUUGAUCAAAUCAUUCAUAAAAACGGCCUUACAGAUGAAGAAUGUUUAUGGGACACUCAAGGCUUGUUCCUAAGUUGGCGGACCAUAAAUUGAGUAGUUAAGUUUGCUUGCAAGGAGUGCAUGUGGGGGCAUAGGCUUGGGGUAAUUUAUAAGCCGUGGUUCAUUGGCUUUUGCCCCUAGAACGGAUCAUGCGGUAGAUGCACUGGACCAACACAGGGGCUAGUUCGGGGUCCGGCAGGCGUUACUGAGAACGCGCACCCCAUAGCAAAUGCCAACAUUAGGGGUCCAACCCAGCAUAUACAGUCGUACAAGCGGAUUUAUCAUAUGGAAACCCCGUAUAUGUAGACCUUUUUGGAGGUUAAAAAGUCACAGUGAGUCUACAGACGCCUUCGGAGGCUUGCAAAUCCUUGAAACUAUCGUCAAUUUUAUAAUUAAUGAAUUAACCGACUGAUUUAGUGAUCUGUUCCACCCGAGACGCUGCGCUCUACUGAUGACAAUAGGUUGGCGGUGGAAGGGCGAUAUCGACAACGCAGUCCAAAUUAAUCGGCCUGCGUCCCUUCACCAGACCGGUCAGUGCGGCAGUUAAACAAGUUGGUCAACAGGAUGCGGCCUUGCUGAAUGCCACCUCAGAUCUCGUACGGCCUGAGAGUUUGUGUUUGACAGUAAGCUAGUACUUGUAGACAUAAGCUUAAUUUAGCUCAUAUUGAAGUCAUUCUAGGUGUGUUUGAUUUCCAUCAUGUGACAGGCACGCCUAGGUGCAGCUUCGGGCGUGCCAGCCCCCUCAUUGUUGUUGGUUAAAAAGCUGGUCAUUUGCUGUGUGGAGUGGAGCGCCAAGGCGUGAGCUCGACCGUGCCAUCCACCUGCGCCCUCCUCCGCCCCCGGUCUUCUUGAGUCGGUCUUGACACCGGCUCCGGGUGGAGGAGGAGAGAGUGCGGUUGAUGCUACGCAAGUUUUGCUAUCCCUAUAAACUGACUCACGCGCAAGUCGCCGUCUCUGCUCCAUCUUGCUGUGGGCACGGUGGACAUCGACGGAAACGACGGUCAAACUGUCAUCAUGUGAUCACGUGACAGGCUGCAUUCAACGGUUUAUUAUCACGUCUCACCGCCGUCUUUUACACUUUUAUUCGUUUUCCUCGUUUACAAACUGUUUGUCCGGCGUACUUCGCGGAGCAACCUCCACACCCAAUAGCUGACUGUUGACCUCUUGUAAGUCUGCUUUGUGAUUCAAUAAGAUCCGAGUCGGCCUUAAAGAAGUCUGUCAAAUGUAGUGGGGACCGGGUCGUGUGCGACACGCGUGAACUGGCUGUUUAACUCUGUCAGCCGCUACCCCCGAGCCCACUACCGGUCGUGUUGAUGUUGCCUUGCCACGGGAGCAGGAUAAAUGAGGGAUGAGAGAGUGUGAUAGAUGCUGCGCAAGUCACCGGUUCUGUGCCCACUCCCUGAGGCACGCAGUGGAUGUCAUUCACGACAGUGAAACGGUCCUUGAUCUUCAAUGCGCUUAACUUGUAGGCAGGUUGCGGAGUCGAGUUGGUGGGCGAGGCCAAGACCUAGGUCUUUCAUAACGUGCUUGAUGUGCGGCAUGAAGUUCAGAUGUCACCCCAUCCAACCACGCUUUCACAUGCAUCAUGUCUGUUUCGUACUGACACUUUGCCCCCUCCCUCAUUGAUGUUUAGGUGGCAAGGAGGUUGUUCGAUCGAGUCCACCGGCGAAGAACAAGACAAAGCCCCCUCCACUGCAGCCCACGACAGUUGCAGAUCCGAAAGUCGUGGAGCAGUGUCAACCUCCAGCAAACAGCGUUCUUCUGCCCGGCGGUUCCGGGGACGAGGUAACCCCGCCGUUUGAACAGCCGAUGCUCGGCACCGCGCUGGAUGACCUUGAGGCUACAACGAAAGCAUUUCGGAGUCUCUACAAUCAAUGGGAUGUCCGCCAAGCAAAGACGGUUGAGUUCCCUUGAGACUGCUAUUGGUCUUCCUUAUCAAAACCGAUUGCAUCCUACACCUUUCUUUGACAUUUACUUCAAGAAGAUUCGCACGUCAUACUAGCGCGGCCCAAAUUCUCAUUUCUCACGCCUCCUCUUGUAAUUGUAAACUCUUUUGCCGCAUCUUCGCCGUUGCACGUUCUCGAAGCCUAAAUACUCCCUCCGCUAGCUUCUUAUGUCCACACAGCGCAUCCCCACUGGCCUAGAGGUUACUUUCAUUUGCCCGCCCUUGACUGGCCGAGGUCAGUUCAGUUGGAUCACUGUGGGCGGUCUCCGUGAGCCUAUUCAGGGCUGGUAGAAAUUAAGCUCUCUAUUUACUCAGUGGCAAUUAUUUUUGGUGGAAAUGCGAAGUUCGGAGGGCGGAAGAUUCAUGCGUCCUGAGAGGCAGAUUUGGAAGAAUAUCCAGUAGUGGCGUAGCUGGCGGGCACUUCCUAAUAUCUCAGUGGUCAUGGACAUUCGACUGGUGCUCAAGGCGUCCGCGGUUUAAAUUUGUUCCAGACUGCGUGUGUUUUGUAUCUUUACGUUUUACAUCAAAACCUAGCUGCGGGCUAGGUAAGAAGAGUGAUCGGGCACCAUCCCGUCACAGGUUUCGACGCCACAGUUUGCCAUACCACUCUGGGAUAUCCGAGCACUUCACUCUCUCCCCCCUUCCUUACCCACCCCACAUUCUUGUCAGAUCAUGAUUAGACCUGGAGGAAAAAAAUUAAAAUGACAGAGUGGCGGCUACAAUCGGCGAUGAGCUAGUUAGGGCUUGCGACAGUGUGGGUGUUCCAUAGCGCGACUGACCGACGACGGAGUCCCCAGACCCAUGUGCUCGGAUUUUAAUUUUCUGAACGGAUUCUCACUUCUAAUAAAAUUUUAUCUGUCUUGCUGUUGCUACCCGCCACCUCUUCCCAUGGAACAUACUCGCAGACGACUUAGUCUGAAUUUCCUCUUUUUUCUUCGAUCCCUCCUACCAGGAACCGGCACCCAGCAGUCUGAACAACUCCAAGACGGCGUCUAAAUCGAAAUGGUUGGGUUUCCAAGGCGCUGAUACAUUCGCCGACCUUGAUUGUCAGAAGCCCGCCCCUGGUCAGACGCAAGUUCCAAAGGUCCGUUCUUAAUUGAGCUCUGUUUGAUCCGUCUAGAUUUCAAUCCUUUUCUAUCCCGCUCAGCAGUUGGCGAAUUUCGCAGAAAGCCUAACCCCAGAAAUGAAUUUGAGGAAAUUCUUGGCUCAUAGAUGUUUUGGCAGAUUUUGAAUAAUUCAUAUUGACCCAACUGUGAAAAACUCGGCGCCUCGGUGGGAUUCGAACCCACGCAGUAAGGGCAAGGCUUUAGUACAGCCAACGCUCCAACCAAUUGAGCUACGAGGCUCCGCCGGACGACGCGAGUUUAAUCACAUUUGGGUCAAGUUUACGCGCCCAACCUACUGCAACGUCUGGAAUCCACCAAAUCUGAUAUUGUAAGUUGACCGCAAAAGCAGGAUUUCCUAAGUAAUUCACUUAGAAUCCACCAGAUGACUACCAGGCUUACGUAAUUCUAGGUGAAUUACUUAGGAAAUCCUGCAUGGGCAGUCAGCUUACUGUAUCAGAUUUGGUGGAUUCCAGACGUUGCAGUAGGUUGGGCGGGUAACUUGACCCAAAAUGUGAUUAAACUCGCGUCGUCCGGCGGGGCCUCGUAGCUCAAGUGGUUACAGUGUUGGCUGUACUAAAGCCUUCCUCUUUCUGCUUGGGUUCGAAUCCCACCGUGGCGCCGAGUUUUUCACCGUUGGGUCAAUAUGAAAUUCAUGACGCCAUGAAAGCAACCAUCACUCGGCCGCAGCGAUACUUCAUUACUGGGGUUGUAGUAUAUCGUUCUCUCUUCCCCUGUCUCUCGUCUCCACCAUCACGCCUGUUAUGCAGCGCGCUGCCGUCCUAUUUUUGUAGAACGACGUACCUCGCCUCCCAAACGGUUCAUUGGAAACGCUGCACCAGUCAGCCUUGAAGCCUCCAAACACUGACCUCACAAUUCGGGGCCAGAAGCCGCCAUCUGCGAGUCGCAAGCUGCUAGACACUGACACCAAGGUGGCCGAUGAGCUGGAGCAGGAAUUCUUCCGAGUGUUUGGGGAGGCCCACUCCACACCUGGUCAACGCCGACCUCGACGCUCCCAACAGACGACACAUCGGCCUGACCCCCUGGGUGUUCAUUCCCUCAAGCACGAACCAGACGAUGCCGGCGACCUUAUUGGGUGAGUGUUUACUCCAAACUUCUUAUCUGUGGCAUUUUUUCGGUCAGCCUCUGGCGCCGUCAGUGUUAGCUUCGAUCUUUGGGCUUUAUUGACAGUCUGCUGGCCGACGCGCUCACUCAGAGACAGGCCUCUUUUGCCGAUCAAACCGGUAAUUCAGUACGCCAAAUUGUUGAAUGCUUUGAAAAAUCCCAAUUUAUAGGUCAGUAUAUGUUAAGGGUAAUAGGCAAUGCCCUUGAAAACCCUAUUGUAAACGGUACAUGCAAUAUAUAACUUUAAAUAAACACGGUACUAAAAUGUUGUCAGUAAUAUAUACACUUAACAGAAUAUUUGCAUUGAAAAUGCAGGACCGAAACUCGAGAACAUUUAGUUGUAGAUGAUAUCGGUAAAAUGCAGUUUAAUCAAUGAGGAUGCUGAACGGAAUUGUAUCGGGUUUUUAUCGGCCUCGGGGACAAUUUGGUCGUUGCGUGAGCUGCACUGAUGACCGGAUCACCCGGUAGCCCGGCGAUUUCAAACGACAAGGUCAUCUACUGUAGUUGGGUCUUCCGUCUUGUUCACAUUUCACACAUCCCCUCUUCUAGGCUCGUCCCGUCCGUCAGCCCUUCGAGUUAUUGGUAGAAUAUAUCUUUAGGCUCUCGACGUGGGGGAUCGGAGCUUAGUCGCCAUUUUGGUGAUCUGAUCCUGGACUGUCAGACCGCACAAGCUAUGCCAUACGUGUCGACUUGGCGACAAACACUACUGUGGAAGAGCGAAUGAGAUCCGUCGGUUUCGUCAAUUUGGAAAUUUCGGGUGGUCUUGCUUAUAGUGACGUUUACGAGUGAAAUGCACCAAUCCGAUUCCGUCUUGCAAAGAUUACUGGCUUUGAAUAAAUGAAACUGUUGUAAUAAAGCCUUUUUAAACGAAAUAUGUACCAUAGGAAUAAGCGAGACGGAGGCCCGUUCAUGCCACCUUGCGACAAUUCCGGAGACUAAUUUUCCGAAAACACUGCGGAUUAGAAUUUCGUCAUUGAUUAUCUUAUUCUCCAAAAAAGGAUCUAUGGGCUUAACACGGACACACCGACAGUUUGACAAUCGUCACCAAAGAUGCCCAUCGUACACUCCACAGCAGGGUGAGAGCAGGCACAUUGACUUGUGCGUGAAUUGGUUUACGGUGGUAUUAGACUUCCACAGCCUCUGCCGCACUCUCUCCUCCCCCCUCACAUGGGCCCGGUGUCGGAACAUAGUGAAGAAGGCCGGAGGUGGGAGACGGCGCAGGUGGCUGACGUGGGCGGGCCGCUCCUAGGUGCACAACUACAUCCCCUGGUCCACAACAAACAUUUGACCAGGAUUUUAACCAACAACGAAGAGGGGGAGGCCGGCAGAGAUCCCAAUUGGCGCGACAUUAACACCGCACCCCGAAUGUUGGCAUUUGUUAUGGUGCACAUUCCCGAUAACGCCUGGCCCCCGUGUUUAUCUGACACGUCUACCGCGUGGCUCGUUUCGUGGGCACUAUAUUGUACCUCUACUACUACUACUACUUCUACUAUUACUACUACUACUUCUACCAUUACUACUACCACUACUACUAACACACUGACGAAGUGCGGCGCUUCCAUGGCUCUGCAAAUGACCUACGGUGUGCGGUAUGGAAUAAACGAUAUUCCAAGUAAAUUUAUCAAAAUAAUACCUUUUGUUUGGACGACGAAGGGCACAGACCAGCAGGGUUCCGUCCUCACUUUUUAUCAUUUUCAGUCUGUUAUAAACGUGGUGACAAAUACUCCGUAUGUUUGGGGCGAGGCGAUGUAGUCGGUAAAACGAUAGAACACUUUCGAGUCAUCACAGAUGGUCGUUGUGCACGGAAACUACUGGUACAUUUCCUCAAUCGCGUGACAACAACCGUCUGCUCCGAUCGCUUCACUAACUUUCAGCAAGCUGUAAUAGACGUCGCCCGCAGACGACCGCCAAACAGUGCCCAUGACCUCUCUCGGGGGAUGGAUAUCCGAUUUUGAUGUUUGUCUUAGGAACUCAUUUCUUCUGCUCACUGACCAAUAUUCGUCGCGCGUUAUGACACGAUUCACAGAUGGAUCACUUCUGUCGCAGACACACAAACAUCGAAAUGUUGCAUCUUCAUUCAGUUCAAGCGACAUUCAGUCAUUGAGCUUCGAUACGUAUCGGAUGACCUGCAACUGUUGGAAAGCUGCGUUACGGACUCGCAGAACGUUUUUCGGGGAUUUGCUACAAGCAUCGCUUUGAACUCCUCGUCAUUUAGACCAGAAGCAGCUUGCUGUCCUCCAUAUUUUCGAGAUUAGCUUCGCCACUGGCAGGCUUUUCGGAGCAACGUCUCACUGUCCGUUAUUCAGUGGCAUCCUAACUAAAUACCGUGUUGAUAUUGUGUGUCGCUUCAGCCGCCUUAUGGCUGACCCUUUGCUCAUACAAUUAAAAUUUUCUCAAAUCACGCCUCCUCAUCUCGCAAAAACUGUGCAAAUAUCAGUAAGGCUAUCUAUGCGCCUUUAUUUUUUAAUUUUCAGUAGAUUGAAGCAAUGUUUUCCCGGAAUAAAUUUGAAUGUACGAGCUGGAGUUAAAUUCCUUGAGGGGACAAACAUUUUCAGUCUUAAUCCGAAAGUUGAUAUGAAUGUCUGAGCCCAUAUAUGUCAUCUGCAGCUGGAUAACUCCGUAGUAUUCGCUGGCAAGUAUUGAAGGAUUCACCGUACGGACGGUGCAGGUACCAGCUAAAUGCCCAGACACGUGUUUCGACGAUUUUAAGGGGGCUUCGGCCCAUCAGUGAGUCCCUCAGCCUUUUUCAUGUGCCUUCUGGCAUAUACUCCAGUUUUCAAUGUUGAGCUUUUUACCUAAGAAUGUUCAGCACGGCGCAUACCUACCGCUAAUUCGGAUGACUAUUAUUUCAUUUUCAACACUAUCCUCUACAACUGGGGGUGCCUGGGUCACAGUCCCACACUUCCUAACGAAGUCUACAAUGUGCACCUUACUGACAACAUUUUAGUAACAUGUUAUUUGGACUUUAACAUUGUACUGCUGUUAUCGAUGGGGUCUUCAAAGGCAUUGUCCAUUGCCCUAAAAUAUACGGAACUAUACCAAACUACUACAGAAAAAAAGCAUGACCAUCCCGUAUGGUAUAACCUAAUACUUUUAACCCUACGACUUCUUCAUGUUUUAUUCACCACUUCCUUUUUUCACAGCUAUUUAACAUUCUUCUGUGAGCUUAGUCUGCCUAAGGCUUGUCCAUACUGUUUGGCGAGAGGAUGGGUCUGCGGGCCUGAGCAUUACUCCUCCCCUGUCCCACUCUACUCCGUUUCCCUUCCACUGCAGCUCAGUGGCACAACCAAAUCGUCAGCUUGGCGCCAUGAAGACUGCAACAAAGAGCAGAGGCACUCUGGACAGCGAUUCGCGAACCAUGGCCUCCCGAUACUACCGAUCGCAGGCCCGCUACCUACCCGGAUGUGCCCCGGCGAUGUCCAACUCUGCGGCCACCAAGACCGCAUCCAAGGCCAUUCCUCUUCCCGACAUGCAGCUGAUUGAGGACCUGCUAAAGGUUCCGGAAGACAGUCUCCUUGGUGGAACUGUGCAAGGUAGGCCUCGUUAUUCUCUUGUUAUUUAUGAGCCCCGGGUUUCACAACAAUCCACGCCAUGGCCGCGAUCUUGAGGCCAACUCCACGUGCCUCGAACUAACUUGUAUAGUGAGUAACUCAGGGUAAGAAGUUGGCGAAGUGUUUGGCAGGAAAUUAGAAUGAAACUGUGUGGCUUCAUGUCUUGCAUUGUCAAGUUGGACAAAAAGUUGAGCCAACGGACUAGUGUAGCUCACGAGCCCUUUGAUAUUAUAUUCCUAUGCUUAUUCGCAGCAAUUGGUAUCUUCUUUCUACCCCCUACUUAGUAACCUCCGUACGUGGCCGGCCUGCGCGAUUUACUCAGCAUCAAGCUGCUGCUCCCUGGGCCCCCGCGGGCAACAGCUCCCUCGGACUUACCCGAAGGCCUCGGAAACCAAAUCCACUAAGCAAAAAGCCGCCGACUAAGGAAUCCCCCUGUGAGUGCCUCCUGUCAUCUACAUCCCACUAGUCGUCUUGAAUUUAUCCUUCACUCGGCUAGUGCAGGGAUGGGACGGAGAGAAUGAGGCCGACACUGGGCAAUCUGUAUCGGCUAAGCGGUGGUGUAUGCCCAGUACGCCACAACUUCAGGCCAUGUCCCGAGUUGUAAGAAGCGGGACGCCAGUUGGGUAGAAGACUUUAUUCUGUACAGAAGUAUAGGGAAAAGUUGACCACCGGCCGAGGUUGCGUCCGCGUGAGCAACGAGCCGUGUGUCGCCGAAAGUCGUCGCUGCAAAAGUGUCGUGACAGAUUGUUUACGCAGUGGUCUAGACUGUGUAACCAAUCAGCGAGAGGAGUUGCGUUGAUUGGCUCAGAGCCCACGCGAGGGUAGGGACAAGCCUUGCGUGGUGCAGGCAGAGAAUCGACCAGAUGCGUGGUGCAGGCAGUGAAUUGCAACAAGACGAAUCGAAGCCGGGCAGACGUGCGUGCCGUAGCAGGCUGUCGCUAGGGCGUAGGUGCUGGCGCUAGCAAGAGACGCGACGUUGCCACUAUGGCUGUCCAUCGUAAAUCUCUACCCUACGGCAAAUCAGUAUUUUUGAGGGAAGACUGAGUCUGGCUUCACUGUCCUCUCCUUAAUGUCGACCUUAUAGCGCUCGCUGAUGUGAGGUCCUGGCCUCCCAUAAAGUAGUCUGGAACACGUAGCGUGCGCGUGGCACGCGUAGAUGAGUUGCUCGACUUUGUCAUCCGCUGCACCUGUGCCCACCUCCACUCGUGCCGACAGUGUCAUGCCAUUGGAGCCAGGUGGGUGAGAAAGAACAGAGUACGGUAGAUCCUGCGCCCACUCAGCGGGAAACGCGGCGGACGUCGUCAAACUAUCAGUUGUGGGAGGAGAAGGUGAGGUAGAUGCAGCGCAGGUUUACUUCAUCCACUUAAACUACGUGUGACUGGCGCCAGGCUGGACAUUCGGAAGUUCUUCUUUUCAAACAGAGUGAUCGAGGCUUGGAAUGCUCUGCCUACAGAUGUCGUCAUGCCCACCUCCGUCGGGGCUUUUAAGCGCAAGCUGGACCGGUGUACCACUAAACGUCAUAAUGUCACCUGACCGACGUCUUAGUAUUUCGUUAGAACAGUUUAUUAAUGUUGUUAUAUUACUGCCCGUAUUUUAGUAACGUUUGUUUUUUAUCAUUGCCCCAUGUCUGUUGAAUGUGGAUGUUAACAUUCAGUUCGUCUCCCACAGAAACUGAGAUAACACCAAUUAUCCAUAGACAGGUCACUGUACAGCACAUUUAGUAACGUUAAUGUUUUUAACUCUCGGAACAAUUCGUUUAUCUGUCUGGUUUCGAAAACUUUGCCAAUCUGAAGAAACUCUGUAGCUGUAUGAUGUUUCCAUUUUCAAAUUUUUGAUAUAGUUCGCUUCCUUGUAACAAAUAGGGAGUUCAACGGUUCAGCACUUAUAUUUCCCGCAAAUAAACUGAAACUAAAUAGACAAGUCCACUCUAAAAUCACCGCUGCAGAGCCAACCUCGUCGUCUGGCAUGGCCGAACUAUCGCGGCAAGUUAUGCAACUGCGCUGUAACGGUCACUCCUAGGUUACAACAUCACGUACAGAACAGCAGGGUGUGGUGUAAUCUUGUGCCUGCCAUGAGGUCCCCGAUAAACGUAUUAUACUCAGUCACUCUUCCGAGCAAAUGCGGCGAACUUUAGCCUGUGUAUUUUUAGAGGGUCCUUACUGCACUGGGGUGAAUAGAUCUUACAGGGCAUUACGCCGUCCUACAACUUCUGUUUAAAGACAGGACCAGUAUUUCGUCAAAUAGCGGCAUCAUCGUGCCCAGUAUUUGGACUUAUGGGUGUUUGUGGCAUCGACUACUAUGAUUUUGAUCCUUUUUCGUUUGCUUCGCACGAUUGUAGUUCACCAUCACGGCUUUUUUCUCCGCCUACAGCUUCUUGGUUUGCUGGUGUUGACAAGCUGAACGGCACAAUCGCCACCCGGAAGACAUCACACGUCGGCGAGACGAACCUGGCUCCAUCAGCGCCCCUCUACAGCUUGGGGGUCACACCGACACGCCGUGUUCCCCCAACCGGCGCUGCUGGCUAUUGCGGUAACCCGGGAACCACAAUCACCAAGCCGGACUGGGCUGCCAAGUAUGUCAGGAGCCUUUUCACCUGUCCAUUCUCCAAAGCUCAUUGGAGGCCUGUCGACCGACUUGAGCGAAAUGUUAUCUUACCUUCAGUAGCCAACAGUAUCCUACCUUGUUCACAUGGGAGGUGUGCCGUUUUGCCUUACACUCAUUGAUCUGUCUUACAGAGCGCCUGGCUCAGUCUCUGAUCUUCCUGAUCAACGAAAUUGUUGGCUGAUGAUUGCGAAUAAGCCAGAAACCGUCACUCCAGUCUGUUUGUCCCUAUCGAUUGCGCUUCCCAAGCCAAUCUGGAACCAAAAAAGUCCUAGACUUGAGAUCCAGUUAGUCCUUUUUUCCGCGUACUUCCGCGGGGACCCCAGACACACGGGGUGUAAAUCUCCCCCAAGAUUUUCCAGCUCGGUGUAGGCCACUUUACACACUGAAAUGUGUCGAGACUUAAGAAACCUUAAUCACUCGAAAACUGGCACGGAUUAGUGAACUAAAACUCUUUAUUAACAGUGAACGAAUCUAGGCGAAUUGAAAAGAUAAAAGAGGUUACUAGAAGUGAUUUCGUGUCGUUUUGAAGCAUCACCUUUUUCAGAAGAGCAGCAGUUCUGAAAAUUUCGAAAAUCGUUGCAACAGAACUCCUUUCCGGCUGCAUGCCAAGAAACUAUACUCUAUAAAACAUGACUACUUAUGUAGCGUGCAUUUUUCUCACUGAUUUUCAAUGCACUUUCAAAUCCAAUUAUAUUUCAUGGAAAGCAUGCAUAAAAAUAUCCAAUUUAUUACUCAUUUCGUAGAAAAUUACGUCUUCUUCCAAUUUUAAUCUCGAAGGAAGGGCAUCAUUUGGUCUUCAAAAACAUUUCCGAUUCCCGAAUAAUUUUGAACCCGACCUGCUGUUACACCCGCGUUCAGGAGUUCCAAACUAUAAGCCGUAUAUUUUCCACGUACGGAAAACCAUACAUUCUCUCGGGUAGUAAGAGGAGACCAUAUGGGGCUCAUAAAAUUUAGCAGUGGAUUUGAGCCAUAUUGUUAAAUUUACAAGCCACAUUGGUAAAUGCAGAGGCAUGACGUUUUAUAAACGGCUAUUCCACGGUCUUAAAGAAUCUCACAAUUAAAAACUUUUUAAAACCGAAUUAUACCCAUCCUUCAAGUACAAGAUUGGAAGACGACGUAAUUUUCUGCCGAACAAGCAAAAGAGUGAAUAUUUUUAUGCACGUUUACCAUGAAAUAUAGUUAAAUUUCUAUGGGCAUCAAAAAUCAAUGGAAAAAUGUAUUCUUCGUAGGUAGUUGUUUUUACGGAGCAUAGUUUUUGCAUGCAGCCGGAAAGAAGUUCUUUCGAAAGCCGGCUACCCGAGGUAAUUAAAUUAUUAUAGAAUUAUGCUGCACGUCAAUCAACAUUACAACCACACCUAAGUAGUCCUUCCUUAUCGGUUACACAUUUCGAAUUUUGGUCAACACAUCAUCAGAUGAUCCAAGUACUGUAAGUUCUUUCUUUUCAUACUGAUUUUGCUGCGGUUUUUGAUGUCUUCAUGACCGUUUUCUGAGGGUCCUGGAAGUCCCACGUUUAAAGAGAAUGGUUUCUUUCGAUGUUUCGGAUUUUGACAUCCUUGUCGCCGGUCUGCAAUGCGACAGUCGAUGAGCUUCAACUCAGAAUGGCAUGACAAAUGACUAUGGUUUGUAAGCUUAUGUCAGUCAUAGUGGAUAGAUCAGCACCCCCGCCCACUUGCUACCGGAGCAUGGUGGGUGAGGGAGGAGCGAGUGCGAUAGAUGCUGCGCAGGCCUACUCCGUGGGUGGACGUUGUCGUUUACGGCGGUCAGAAAAGUAAUUUAUACCUGUUACACUUGGGUACGACAGGUCGACCGUCGUCGCCGUCGAUGUCCACCGUUUGCUCCACAUCAAGUUGAGAGCAGGGACGGUGACUUGUGCGUCAAUUAGUUUAAAGUGACGGCAGACUUGCGCUGCAUCUAUCGCACUCUGUCUUCCUCACCUCCCACCUGGCCUCGGUGUCAAGACAGGGUUAAGAAGACCGGAGGCGGGGGAGGGCGCAGGUGGAUGGCGCGGUCGAGCCUCCACAUUCCCUGGUCCACACAGAAAAUGACAGAAUUUUUAACCAACAACAAAAAUAGGGGGCGGCAGGGUCCCAGUGCGCGCGACGUUUGUCUGCAACCGGGUCUGCCACCGCACCCCAAAAUGUUGGCAUUUGUUAUGGUGCACAAACCCGAUAACGCCUGCGAGAGUCCGAUAUGGCCUCCGUGUUGGUCCAACGCAUCAACCACGUGGCCCGCUUUGGGGGCACCACACGUAGGUACAAUCGGUCUAAUACAGUCUCACCACCUGGUGUGCAAUGAGACAGCAGUGAAUCCGAUUCAGCGUGAUUUCUCCCCAUGAUGACUCAGUGGCGUUCUUGAACCUUCGCGAUGUCCUACAUUUGGGGCUUAAAGGACUGCAGGCAGGUAGAAUAGCAGGUUCUAAUGACUCUGGAAGCAAUACCUACAAAAUCAAGGGAGAUUGAGAUGACUAUUUCUGACAUAUUAGGCAUCGUCAGCCAGCCAUGCAAAACCCAGGUCUGGGUAACCUGACACCCGAAUCUGGUUUUUUUACCAUCGAGCGCCAGCAUUCCUACUGAGCGUGAGGUUGAUGCUGCGCCGUAGUGAAACAUUUCACCGCGCUCAGUUUAGUAAGCCUGAUCUAAAUCGACCGUUAAAAUAUAGACGCGUGAUAUUCCUCACGGCCGGUUGGAAACAACGACUCAGCCGUCUUCUUAGCGUAUUCCAUGCCAGUAUUCACUGACGUAAUGCGCCACUUCAUUGCCUCUUCCCCGCCAGUCACGCCGUGGCAAGUUGGCGGUUUAACUCUUCGAUAAUCUUCUUCAGGCUGAUAAACUCACACAUCUUCACUCAAUACACACAUCAUGAGUUCUCUGUCUGCUCCUUCAGGUACCUCAAGUCUUAG